GGACGGUCAUCAAUCAUGUGCGAUCGAGCAGUCUGUGCUCUGGAGUCAGAUCUCUGAUUGGCUGCUGGCGGCCAGGGAAACUGAACACAUCCUCAUUAAUGUGAGCGAGACCCCGCGGGCUCUUCGCGAGGACACAAGCGCAUCGUCUGACUCUGAAGUUAUACAGCGGCUAUAUAAGUGUCCCGCUAUGUGAACAACAACUUUUGGCGUGAUUCGCGACAAUUCGCGUUUGUUAUCUGGACCUUUAAAUCUGACGCGGUGACGUCAAUGUCUCCGGCGUUUAAAACAACGUGCAACUGAGCUAACAUUUGUUAGGAUUUUUUUUCUUUUCUUUUCAGCUUCAACUACAAUUCUGCACCACGCUGAAUCUGGUCACAUUGCACUUUUUUUUUUUUUUUUUUUUUUUUUUUUUUUUGCCAUUUGUAUUGUUGGUUGUACAAGAGACGAACAGAAACAAGAACGGGACGUUUAGCUCCAGUUAAUGGCAGAUUUUGGUGAUGAACUGAUGACCCGCGGCGGGACUGCAGCCUCCUCUGUGCUGGACUCUCAUCAUGUCAUUUACUCAGUUUGGCUAUUCAUAUCCUGCAGCACCACAGCUUUUAAUGUCUUCUAAUGCUCUGAGCGCUUGCUAUGAGUCUAGUGGUUCACUGCUGGACUCUGGAGUGGCAGCUUCUCCUCAAAACUCGCUUUAUUGCCCGGUAUAUGAAAGUAGGCUUGUGGCCUCCAGCCGUCAUGACCUGAUCCCUACCGCUGUCUAUGGCAACUCCUGUUCAAAGAGUCACAGUUAUGAUACCUGCAGCUCUUAUGGUCCAGAUUCAGCCUCAUAUUAUCCACUGGGUAAACUCAGUGAGAAAGAUGGAGUGGCAACAGGACAUUCAAGAGUCACGCAGAGCUCUGCAUACUACCCUUACGACUACCCAAUUGGACAGUACCAGUAUGACAGAUAUGGAUAUAGAUCUGUAGAUGUGGCCACAAGAAGAAAAAAUGCUACCAGAGAGACCACCAGCACACUGAAAGCAUGGCUGCAGGAGCAUAAAAAGAACCCGUACCCCACCAAGGGUGAAAAGAUCAUGCUGGCCAUCAUCACUAAAAUGACCCUUACGCAGGUGUCCACCUGGUUCGCAAACGCACGGCGAAGACUCAAGAAGGAAAACAAGAUGACGUGGUCACCACGCAACAAGACCUCAGAUGAGAAAGAGUGUGAUGACGACCAAGAAGAUAUGGACGAAUCGCAGGGGGAGCCAAUAAAAACUGAACAAGAAUUCAAUGAAAACCAUGGAAAUGAUGAUGCAAAUCAACUUCACAGCGAUCUGGAAGACUUCGAUCUAGUGGAAUCAGAUGGCUCAGAGUGCGAAUCGAAACCAUCCUUUGUCAUGCACGUUCGUUCAGAGACCAGCGAAUGUCCAGAUGACCAUUUUAAAGAGGCUUUUCAUGAAUCAGUUACUGAGCUCCCGAGAGAUGUCCAUGAAUUAAGUGAAGACCGCUUAAGACUUACCUCUGAAGACAACCAGACAGUGAAGUUCUACCUUCAACAAGGCCAAAAGACCACUGAAACCAAGCCAAAAAUCUGGUCGCUUGCACAGACUGCUACGUCCUUAAACCAAGCCGAUUACUCAUCAUGCAUGCAUAAAAGAACGUCGUGCUCUUCUUCAAACUGUGACUCAGGCUCAGGCAUAACAAAGAGGAAGCAAGAGUCUCCAGUGGCCACUCUUAGAAACUGGGUUGACGGUGUGUUUCACGAUCCCUUAUUCAGGCACACCAACUUAAACCAAACUUUCAGCAACUCCACAGAGUUAUGGACUGAAGCCAUUUCCUCACAGAAUAACUAUCUUGAACACUCAGGACCUAUUACUUCCUCUCAGCAUACUUCAUAACUGUCUCGCUGUUUGUUUGUUUUUUUCUCAUACUUUUUUGGUUGCACCAAACUGAAUAGUUGAGCCAUCACAGAAGCCACAUGCGAGGUUUGGAAUUUAAUCGUGCUAAGGUCUUAAUUAUUAUUUUCAUUUUGUAAGCUGUUGUAAGACCUCCUGAAAGUCUGAUGAACUUUAUAUUUAGAAUUUAUUAACACGGCAACGUAGAUUUAGUCAGAUUGGCACCUUUUCACUUAAGAAAAAAUCUGGUUCUGUCUGUGUAAAAGAAAGUGAUCACUGCUGUA